GGGCUUCCCCCCUUCAAAGAGACAGAGAGUUGAAUGCCCCUCCAAAACCUCCCCCAAAACCCUAAUUAUUUCCAACCUCCAAAAUUUACUGACAUUUUCUCACUUGAUUUCCAUUGUUAUUUCAGUAUCGUUUUGAUCACUACCCUAAUUAUUCCAAUCUAUUCAGAUACUUUCGUAAUUCAUAACGUGUAUAACAAUUUACAGCAAUGUCGGGUUCGGGAGGCUUCGCCGUUUCGCGGAGCCAUGGCGGAGACAGAUUUUAUAAUCCCCCAGCGAUGAGGCAGCAGCAGCAGCAGCAGCAGCAGAUGAUUUUACAGCAGCAGCAGCAGCUACAGCAUUUACAGAGACAGCAGCAGCUGGCUCAGCUGCAAAGGGCAUCUAAGUCGGAUUCUGCCGCUACCGCGGCGACAUCUCUGGACGCCGGGAAUCGGACCGACUCCGACGAUUCCUUGCCGACAUUGUCCAAACCGUCCUCAGUUCGCUCCCCUUCGCCUCCAAUACCUCCAGCUCCCAGCGUCACUAACUUGGAUCGGUUUUUGGAGUCGGUUACCCCUUUCAUUACCGCCCACCACUCGUCUGAGGCAUACGCAAGGGUACGGAGAACCAAGGAAGCAGAGCUGCAUCCUUUCUAUUGCCUCGGGGAUCUAUGGGAAUCAUUUAAUGAGUGGAGUGUCUAUGGAGUUGGAGUGCCAUUGUUGUUGAACGGGAAAGACCAUGUCAAACAAUAUUAUGUGCCCUUCCUGUCGGGUAUACAAUUGUAUGUUGACCCGUUGAAGCCCCGUUCAACCAUUAGGAGGACCUGUGAGGAGAGUGAUGCUGAGUCAUCAAGGGAGAACAGUAGCUGUGGCAGCAGCGACUGUGAAGCAGAUAAGAGAUCCAAAGCUGAAGGAUUGCGGAAUCAGCACCUCCUCGCAAACUUGAAUAGCCGACGACUAAAUCGACUUUCAUUGAGAGAAAAAUCUGUUACGAGUUCAUCAAGUGAUGAUGCUGAAAUUUGUAAUUCACCUGGACAACUCUUGUUUGAGUAUUUGGAACAAGAGCAGCCGCAUCGUCGUAAACCAUUAGUUGAUAAGAUUUCAGUUCUUGCAUCUCAAUUUCCAGAACUGAGAAAGUGUAGGAGCUGCGAUUUACUCCCCUCUAGUUGGAUCUCUGUAGCAUGGUACCCAAUAUAUAGAAUACCCAUGGGUCCAACAUUACGGGAUCUGGAUGCAUCUUUUCUGACCUUCCAUUACCUGUCAACACACACUAGAAGUAAUAGUCAGCCACAAUUUCAUGGUUCCAGUUGUAGGAAAGUCCAUCCAUUUGCUGAUGCAUCUUCAAAAAUUUCUUUACCAGUCUUUGGACUUGCUUCUUAUAAGUUGAAAGGUUCAAUUUUGAAUCCAUGUGGACCUCAUGAAUGUGAGCAAGAGAAUUCUCUUCUGCAAGCCGCUGGUGAUUGGCUUCAGCAGUUGCAAGUUGCUCUUCCCGAUUACCAAUUUUUCCGUGCUCAUUACUCUCAGUGGAGAUGAUAACGCUGGAGAUGUAUUUAUGUGCUACAUGUAUCUUCCUAAUGAAUAGUGUUUCAGAAGUCCCCCUUGGGACAAACAAUUUUGGGAACUAAAAUGGUUUCAGGAAACACUCACCUGACUGAAAGUGUUACAAGAAAAAGGUGCGCGGGUGUCUUUAAACCUCCUGCCCCAUGUGGAUUAUAAACAAGUAGCAUACAAGAGUUGGAAUGUCCUCGCGGCUUCAGCAAGGAGUUGAUAAUGCGCCAGAUUAUUUGUAGAUGAUUAGCAAUUUACAGGUAGACACGGGUUGUUUUGUGCUAGGGUUGGUCUUCUGAGCAAAUAUCAGAAGAAACACAGGCAACUUCUAAUUUCGGAUGGCUUGUUGUCUCGCCUCUUUGGGUGGCUGAAACUUUUGGUAAUCAAAGCAUUGUUACAGAAUCUUGCUCUCUAGUCAGUAUUAAGAGACUUGACAGCUAUUGUUGCAGUAAUGAAAAAGUUUGAACCAUAUGUAUUCAUGGAUUUGCACAUAUAGACCCCAUACCUGUUGCCUUUAUAUAUACUAGAUUGUUGUCGAAGUUGUCUAUACAAGAUUUGUUGUUUAAUAAUUGCAAUGUCCACUUUCUUUA